GCUCGGCGCGCUGGAGGUCCCAGGUGAGCGGACGGUUGGAGAGUUUGGGCUUCUUCUGCGCCGAGGCUCCAGUUUGGCGGAUGCGGACACCAGUCCUAACAGGAGGGAACCGGCUGGAGAGCCGGGAUCGGAGGAGCCUCUGCCGGAGGGAUUUCCGGCUAUGGAACCCUGCUUGAGGUUCUGAACUGCUUUACUCGGAACUGAAGGGGCUCCACUUGAGAGAACCUUCAUCAGAGGGAGACCCACGUUAGAGAGCACCCCGAUCUCCUACACGGAGCUCGGACUCGAGGGAGCCCCGUUCCGGGUAGUAGGAUUUGAAGAAGACGUGUAGCAAUGGCUGCUGUUUAUUCUGGUAUUUCCUUUAAACUUAAAAGCAAGACAACUUCCUGGGAAGAUAAACUAAAAUUAGCUCACUUUGCUUGGAUUUCCCAUCAGUGCUUUCUACCAAAUAAAGAACAAGUUUUACUUGAUUGGGCAAGACAGUCAUUGGUUGCAUUUUAUAAGAAAAAGCUUGAACUGCAGGAAGAUAUUGUUGAAAGGCUCUGGAUCUACGUAGAUAACAUUCUACAUAGCAAGAAAUUGCAGAAUCUCCUUAAGAAUGGGAAGACUAUAAAUCUCCAGCUCUCCCUUGUCAAGAUCAUAAAUGAGAGAAUAGAAGAGUUCUCACGUUCAGGAUGCCAGAGGAAUAUCUGUGCCAUCCUGAGUUGUUGCCAGGGCAUCCUCUCAGCACCUGCCCUUGCUGUCAUCUAUACAGCCAAACCAGAGCUCAUUGUGGCUUUGCUGAGCCAGCUCUGCUGGUCGGCCUGCAGACAGCCAGAAGGAGCCACGACAGCCAAGCUGUUUGAGGUCAUUCAUCUGGCUCUUGACCAUUACCUCAGACUUCAGCAACAACAAGCCAACCCUAGGCGUGUCUUUGGAGAUAUGACUGGACACCUCUUCCAGCCCUGCCUAGUCCUGAGACACUUGCUUUUGGGGGGCACAUGGACCCAAGCUAGUCAGGGUCAGCUAUGGCAGGUACUGAGCCGAGAUAUCAGGAGCAAGAUUGAUGCUGUUCUUCGAGGUGGUGUUUUUCGACACGAUUUACUCUCAUCCUACAAAGAGGAGCUCUUGGAGCAGCACCAAGAGAGCGUAAAGAUGGGGGUCCUGAAGAGUCUUCUCACUCCAGUGGAAGCUGUGACUGCAAGACUGCUGGAGCCUGACUAUGUCAAAUCAGACCUCCAUGCUUUGGUUGUGGCCAGCUCAGUGCCCUUGUUGUACAGACUCUUUCUGGAAUCCUACCUUACGGAAGAGAACCAGUUGCUCUGUUUUCAGGCUCUCCCCAGGUUGUUUGGCUGCCUGCAAAUUUCACACCUGCAGGAGGGGCAGAUAGAAGCCCUGUCCCUAUCAGAUUGGACUACAGAGCUUCUGGCUGUAGAGCAACUGUUAAACUCAGUGGCCACCAGUAACAUCUACAAUGUGGCUACUGACAGGAUUCGGCACGCGGAAACACAGUUUCAAUUCUACCGCCGUGUGGCUGAGCUGCUGAUCAACCAUUCACAAGCGUCUCUGCCAGCUUGGUUUCGCUGCCUCAAGAUUUUGAUAUCUCUGAAUCAUUUGAUUGUAGAGCCAGACCUGGAUGACCUGUUGUCUUCGGCUUGGAUUGAUGCAGAAGUAACAGAAUUUCGAGCCAAAAAGGCCCAGGAGGUACUUAUCAACACUGUCUUCCAGACGUAUGCCAAACUCCGACAGGUGCCACGGUUGUUUGAGGAGGUUUUGGGGGUGAUCUGCCGCCCAGCUGCUGAGGCACUGCGGCAGCCUUUGCUUGCCUCAGGCCUCUCUGUGGCUCUCAGUGCAUGUGUUUUGGAGCUGCCACUGAGUCAGACCCUGGAUUCAUGGUCCCUUGUACUAGAUAAGUUCCAGUCUUUAGUCAUGCCCUGUUUGCAGAGUGAUCCUGACAUGGCUUUAAAGGCAAUGUCACUGAGCUCACUGCUACACUGCAUCAUGUUCAACAUGCAGAGUCUGGACAAUAACAUGCCUCUGCCCAUCAUAAGACGGACACAGUGCAUAAUGGAGAGGAUGCUGAAAGAGCUUGUGAGGCCCCUUUUGUGCCUUCUCCUGGACCUCUGGAGUCCAGAGCCUGAGCUGUGGCAGCAGAAGGUGAGUGACUCUGCACUCUUACUCUCUUACACCUGGGCUCAGGUGGACGCUACCAUCAGUUUACACUGCAGCCAGUAUUAUUCUCUGGGAAUCUCCAUAGCCAGGGCUGCUCUGGAUAGCUCAGACCUCCCUUUGUUGCUUCCAGGUGUAGACAUGGAGUUUUGGAAGAAGGUGGAAAAGUGUGUAGGCCAGUCCAGGUCUCUCAGUAGGUACUGCUUAGAACAGCUGUAUCUUCAGAAGGUGAAAAGGACUUUAAUGCGGAGUAAUUCACAGUCCAAAGAAGCCCUUCAAACCUUGAGGUUUGACACUGCUCACAUUCUUGAUUCUAGCAGAGACUGUUUAAGUCAGAAGACAGUAGCUGCCUGGGAUAGGCAGGUGUCGACAAUGAAUGAGUCCAUGUAUCCUGUAGCACACUGGCACUUGAUUGUAUCAAACCUCACAGUUUUAAUACCCUACCUUUGUUUGAAUGAUGUGAGAUAUGUGGCCACUGUCUUGUUAAGAACUUUACCAGCAAGUAAAGCCCAGGGAAGCUUGGCACAUGGUGAGCCACAUGUCACACUUGAGAAAAUAUCCACAGCCCUCCUUCACAGCCCUCUUUUUCCAGAGAUGCAGUCCCUCUACUCUGCCUUCCUGACGUGUAUCAUUGCAGAAUGUUCCAGCACUCUGUGCUCUGGAGCGCAUAGUCAUCUGAGUCUUGUUAGUCAGCAGCUCCCCUGGCUUUUUGGAAAGGACUACCACACAAUUGUGGCUCACUGGGAAACCAAAUUGGCAAAAGUUGGACCUGAAGGUGUAGAACCAAGAGGAGAAAUUGCCCAGAAUUUUCUAUCCAUGGUCAAGAGUGGUUUUCCAAUCAAGCUGGAUGAAGAACAGCUAAAAGGCCUCCUGGAGCUCUUAGAAGUCAUCUCUGCCCUUCGCCUGGACAGCCUCUCGCCAUCUUACCACGUGCAUUUGUUUUUCCUGCUAUUCUCCAUGGCUGUCUCCACAUUAGGGCAUUGCUCUUGCCCACUAGCCCUUCAGUUCUUGGUGAAGUGCUACCGGCUCCUCAGUAGUCUGCAGAGAGGAAAGAAUGGCCGCUCUGUAUUCAGGGUUAUGUACGUUAGUGACAUCUUUGAGGUUGUGCUGACCUCACUGUUGCAAGCCAGUGCCGAGUUUCAGGUUAGGGACGAUGACCCUGCUUGGCUGCAGCUUCUUCAGGUGUCAGGGGUGUUCUUAGAGCAGCUGAUGCAGAUGCUUACCCAAGUCAAGCUGAGCUUGGUACUCAACUUCGGGAAAAUCACUGCCUUUCUCUCAAGGUACAGGAAAGAAGCUUCCAGCAAAGAGGGGAAAAUCCAGAACCUUCGGAGCAGGCAACUGCUUCUGGUGGCUCUAAGCAAGUUGUGUCAGAGUUUGGGGCCUUGUGUUAAGGAGCGGAGGCAGCUACUGGAGGCCCCAGCAGAGCUACCUGAAUUGCUACAGCAGGCCAUGAUGCAGAUGGGCACCAUGCUGAAGCUUUGCCUAGUGUCCGGGACUACAGGCCGCCGCCGCCUGCCUUCAGUACUCCUCGCUGCUGUCCCCACACUUUUAGAAGUAGACAUGAGCCAGCACCUCAGGGACGGACAGCCCAGAAUUGCUCAAGUGGUGGAUGCAGACAAAGCACUGCUUUCUCAUGGGACACUUUACCAGGAUGUCUACACCCAGUUGCUGCAGGAGUUGCCAGCCCUGUCGGGGAAUGCUUGGUCUUUCCAGGCAGCAUUGCGCUUUCUAACCUUGUUCCUUUUGGCCCCAGAGCUCCAUUCCAAGGAGACCUCUGUUUUUGCUUCCAUCUUUUAUUCUGUGCAGAAAGUUCUUACAGGUCCAUGCAUACCUGCUCCAGUCACUCAGGAUACUGAACUUCACUUGGGAGCCCUGCUCACCCAGAUGUUUGAGGCUGGGACAACAGAGCACUUUGGAAUGGUACUGCAGUCUAUUCUUCAGGGGCUGGACGUCACUCAGGCGUGGAGGUCAGAUCUACAGGUUGUUUUGUGUGCCAUUAGACUACUCAAACUGCUACUCAAAUGUCCACUCAACGGAGAAAAGGCAAGUUUGCUGUGGCGUUCGUGUCCCCAGAUCAUCACGGCUCUAAUGCUGCAACACCGAGAGGCCUGCCAGGAGCAGCCUGUGGCCCUAGCAGUGAUUGAGUCUAUUCUCGAAGUCCUGGCUGUUCUGCUUCGGCAAGGGGAGGAGAGCAUCAGCAACCCUCACCAUGUCAGCCUCGCCUUCAACAUCCUGCUCACAGUCCCGCUGGAGCACCUGAAGCCCCGGGAGUUUGGCAGCGUCUUCCUGAAGAUGCACAGUGUGCUCUUCUCCAUCUUGCAGUGCCACUCUAAGGUGAUGCUGAAGGCCGUUCCAUCUUUCUUGAACUCCUUUAAUAGACUGCUGUUCUCAGUUAUGCAUGAAGGACGGCAGAAAGACAAAGGGAGCGUGGAUGACCUGACAGUGGUCCUUGAGUCUGCACGCCUGGUGGAGAGGAUGUAUAGCCACCUUGCUACUCGAGCUGAGGAGUUCACCACGUUCUCCCCGUUCCUGGUGGCCCAGUAUGUGACAGAGAUCCAGAAGGUAACCUUGUACCCACCUGUGAAGAACCUGCUUCAGGAGGGAAUUUAUCUCAUCUUGGAUCUUUGCAUGGAGCGGGAUAUCCAGUUUCUUCGGGCCUCACUACAGGCUGGAGCACGAGAUGUCUUUAAGGAUCUGCACAGCGACUACCUCAAGUACCACAAGGCCAAGCAUGAAGGAGAGAAAAGAUAUACGGCCUAGGUCAUACCACAGAGCCACCUGGGACACCUUGCAGAAUAUUCAUGGCUCAGAGCCCUGGAGGAUAUAAGGCUUCUGACGUUCUCAUACAUGUUGUCAACAACCAUGGAAACACACAAACACACACACACAGUCUCACUGUAUAUCCUUGAAUGGCCUAGAAGUCACUAUGUAGAACACCAGGCUGGCUUUGAACUCACAGAGAUCCCUCUGCUUUCCGUAUGCCGAGUCUAAAUGCAUGCAUCACCUUGCCCAUCUUGGGGAUUAUAUAUUUUUAUAGCUUUUUUUAAAAUGCUAAGUGUUCUUUGAUAUCCCACCCCUCCAGCAGCAUAAAGAUUGAACCAGGCCCUCACACACAUUAAUUGCACACUUCUGCGAUUCAGCCACACCUGCAUGCCUCAGUACACCUUUGAAAACUAAGUGUGGUAUAAGAGACCUGGAAUCCGGGACUGGGCUUGGUGGUGCACAUCUUUAAUCCCAGCAUUCAGGAGGCAGAGAGAGGUGGAUCUCUGUGAGUUUGAGGCCAGCAAAGUCUAGGACAGCCACACACAGAAACCUUGUAUUGAAAACAAACAAACAAACAAACUUGGAAAUGGGUUCUGAGAUGAAUUUAAUGGAAAAAUUCCUGACCAUUAUGACUGUACCUAAUGUGGUCCUUUCUUUCCUCUCUCUUCUGGCUGUAAACUGUGUAGAAUUGGUAUUUUGCUUCUGAUACGUGGGUCUAUAAUUGAACCCUGUUUGAGUAAUUCUGCUCUUUAAGUUAAAUCAAGUUGCACAGAGACACUGUCCAGCUGCUACACUGUGCCGUCCCAUUGGGAAUUCUGGUGGUGCUGGGGGAACAGCCAGGGCCCAGUAAGGUGGUGUGUACUUGUCUGGUAGGGAAGUGCUCUAGCACAGGAGAGAGGACUCCUGCUUGUUCCCACUUCAGUUUGAGAAGUUGAUUACAAAUCUUUUCCUACUCAGUUCAAAAAAUAAUGUUAUAGCCGGGCGUGGUGGCGCACGCCUUUAAUCCCAGCACUUGGGAGGCAGAG